AGAUACCCAAACACAAUAUAUAUGUGCCACGCCCAUUCUUGUCCCACGCCAUUUGGUUCGCUCAUCCUUCCCUCGCCCUCAACCCGCUCCCAACGCGCGCUCUGACCAUAAGAAGAAGCGACGCCCGUAGCAACCGAAAUCGUCGUGGUUGUGGGGUGGGGGGUUUUCGGAUCUGGCAGUGAUGGCCGUGCGAGCCCAGUAUCCCGCCAACGCCUUCUCCCCCGAUUUCCGCUACCGAGCAAGGAGCGGUGCGCUGGAUGACCCUCUGAUGAUGCAAGAGCCUCGCGAUCUCCUGCAACUCCAUGGCAACAACCUUGGCACAGGGGAGCAGCAGCGACAAAUCUUGAACAACGCGGGGGUGUUCAGCGACCGCCAGAGCGAGCUCACGUGCAAUGCCUCAGGGUGCAGGAAGCGGUCGCGGGAGGAGUCCAUGGUGCUGCCUGGUCUGCACAACCCUGCCCUCUCGACGCUGUUCCGGUACCCUAACGCGACGGCGGUCCCGGUGAAGCCCACUGCCGCCCAGACCUUCUCCGUCGGACUCCCCCAUAGCCGGUCAAUCGAGUCCGGCGCUACUUCUACCAGCGGUCGGCACGUUUCGUCGUCGCAUGCCGCCCCCCCUCCCCCUUGCGAUCUCGUCUCCCUUCUCUUUCAACAGAAUACGGAAAUCGACGCCCUCGUCCGCUUGCAGAACGAGAGGCUGCGGACUGGAUUAGAGGAGGCGCGCAAGAGGCAUUGCCGGGCACUUCUUACGGUGUUGGAGCAGCAGGUGGCGAAGCGCUUGAUGGAGAAGGAAGCCGAGUUACUGAUGGCGACGCGACGGAACGCAGAGUUGGAGGAGAAGGUGCGGCAGUUGAGCGAAGAGAUCCAGAUAUGGUUCGCCAUGGCCAAGAACAACGAAACCAUCGUGUGCAACCUGCGGACGAACCUGGAACAGGUCCUACUCCAGGGCGCGUCCGGGGCCGCAGGCCGCGGUGGUUACGACGACAGCGAGGGCGGUGGCUUCCCGGCCGACGACGCCCAGUCGUGCUGCUUCGAGUUCGACGCUGCCGCGGCUCCGGCGGCGGAUUCCGAGGUCGCCACGUGGCGGAGGUCCUGCAAGGCAUGCGGGGAGCGGGACGUCUCCAUCCUGCUCCUCCCCUGCCGGCACCUUUGCCUCUGCAAAGACUGCGAGACCAAGGCCGACGCGUGCCCCGUCUGCGGUUCCGCCAAGAACGCCUACCUCCAAGUCUUCAUGUGCUGAUGGCGUCGGACGCAGCAGCGGAAGGCGGUUCGUUGGGGUUUUCUUUUUGGUGGCGGUUCGUGCGGGCCGUCGGACCGGUCGAAUUUGUUGAUAUCGUUCGUUACAUUUUGGUUUUUGGUAGGGAAUUCUUCUUUUUGCUGGGCGACGGUUAUCGCACGUUGCCGCUUCUGUGUAUGGAUCGCGUACUGAUAGGCUUUCGAUGAAAGGUUUCUUCUCCUCUCUAAGUAACUGCACACACGAUCAGAUGCAGUAAUGGAGGCCACCCAAUUCUCUUCUCA